CUUCGUUUUUUGUUGUGGGUGGAGUGGAGGUGGCGUAUUCAUAAAUUUUUCGUAUUAAUUUAUUAAAUUCUGAUUCGUAACUAGCUCAUAGAGUCUUUUGUAAAAGGCAAACAUAUUGUGAACUUCUUAAACAUAGUUAAAAAUGUCUCACCAGACUGGAAUACAAGCUAAUGCAGAACUCAAGAAAUAUUUUGGCAAAUGUCGUGAAGGCAAAAUACGUGCCAUGAAAAUCAGUAUAGACAAUGAAACCCUGACCUUAGCCAAACAUUACCCUACAAAAGGCACCUGGGAGCAAGAUUUCGAUAAAUAUGUUCCUCCAUUAAUUGUUGAUGAUAUACCUUGCUACAUAUUGUACAGAUUGGACACGAAAAACUCCCUCGGCCACGAGUGGUUACUACUGAGCUGGUCCCCUGAUGAGGCAGCCGUUCGUCACAAAAUGCUGUACGCUUCAACUAAAGCUACUUUGAAGCAGGAGUUUGGAUCUGCCCUUAUUAAGGAUGAAAUGCAUGCAACUGCUAAGGAUGAGAUGUGCCUCAAAGGGUACAAGGCGCAUCUGUCAGGCAUCAGCGCCCCCGCGCCGCUCACUGAGAGGGAAGAAGCACUGAAGGAAUUGCAGCAGAAUGAUCACAACACCAACUAUAGCACUGACUCCAGACAAUCCACAAUGGGCGGAGUGGCGUUUCCCAUCACAGACGCGGCGAAACAGGGAAUCCUUGAUCUCCAAAGAGGCUCCUAUAACUAUCUACAAUUUAAAAUAGAUUUAGAAGAGGAGAGAAUCCACUUAUCGAAAGCGUCAAAGAUAUCGUUGCUAGACCUGCCCCAGCAGGUUCCGAGCGACGUGGCGCGGUAUCACCUGUACAUAUUCUCACACGUGUAUGAAGGCGAUCAUAUGGACAGCGUCGUGUUCAUAUACUCAAUGCCGGGAUACAACUGCACUAUCAAAGAGAGGAUGAUGUAUUCCAGUUGUAAAGGGCAAUUCCUAGAAAUCAUUGAAAGUCUUGGAAUUGUUGUGGAGAAAAGAUUGGAAAUUGACGACGGCAAAGAACUGACUGAAGAGUUCCUAUACGACGAGAUUCAUCCAAAAAGGAAUAUCCACCGGCCGGCGUUCGCCAAACCGAAGGGACCCCCGAACAGGGGCGCCAAGAGGAUCACCAAGUCCCAACCUGCUCAGUAAAUAUUAUAAUAUGUGAUAACUUUAACUGUUCGUUCGCAAAAUCUGAUCCCGAAGUAACUAGUUUUGAAUAUAGUGCCGUGAAAAUGAUGUUUUUGGUAAAGAUUGGAAGAAAGAGCUAGUUUUGCAUACCCAUGUUAACACCGCUAAAUUAAAAAAUUGUUGAUUCGGAAUGGUAGCGAUUCCAUAGGCACAAUAUUUUGUUUUACUAACUACAGUCACUCUAAUAAAUUUGGACUCUGAAUUAUUUUUCUCAUUUUGAUGGUCCUAAAUAAAAAAAUUGAGCUUUGGAAAUCGUCUACAAUAUUGAACGGUAGUUUUUGUUUAACCUAAUUGUAACCGUUUUGCAAGUUUCCCGACAACUCUUUCACCAGAUAGUUAUAUUUGUAUAUUGAAGGAGAGUCGCACCCAGCGAUGUCGAUACUGAGAACCGUUACACCGUUACAGGGUUCACGAAUAUCACGAUUAUAAUUACGAUAUAAUUUAAUACAUGUCAUAAUACGAAUGCUAAGCUGUUAGAUUGUAUAAAUAUAAAACUAUUGAUUAUUGGCUUGAUGCCAGAUUUAAUAUAUUAAAAAGUGAAAUUAUGAUAUAAAAAACUGAAAAGAAGCACAAAAUUGUAUGAAAUUUAAUAACAAAAUUAUAUUAGGACGAUCUGAGCAAAAUUUAACUUUGGUGAGUUGUUAUCGAAUUAUAGCAUAACAAUUAAUAUAACUUUAUAAGUAUACCAAUGAGCAAUGCAAAUUAAAGAGAAGUAGAAGCAUGUGUAUGUAGAAUAAAACUGCUUUGGGCAGUAACAUAGGUGUCUAUUAUUAUUACUUAUACUAAACAUUUUAAUUAUACUAGACUUUUUAAAUAGGAUCAUGUAUUUUUGCAUUCAUACCGUACUAUGGGUGUACAUAUUAUUUACUAUGUAUCUUGUUGAAUUUGUGAAUUAAAUUCCAUGGAAUUAUUAAUAAUUACGUGUAUUCUUUGCUAUUAAGUUACUGACUGGUGUUCUCUUCCAAAGUAUUACAUAUUUAUUAAGUUUUCUGUUCCUUGCUAGAUAUGUAAUUUAUUACUCUCUUCUCUUGCCGUUAAAAUAAUGGUAUUUGAUAGCAAUAAGUUUUGUUAUGGCAAAAUAAACCAGUAAGUACCUACUUAUCUAUUUAUUAAAUAUUGA